AAAACGCAGCUCUGUUUUUUUUCCUCAAUGGGUGGUAGCAGCUGUUUGCUCCAUAAUUUCCAGUUGAGAAAGUAUGGGAAUGUAGCAAGAUCACUUCAAAAAAAUAUAUCUUAUCGGACACUUUAGAAAAGACACACAUGAACCUUGUCAAUCAGUCUUACUUUGACCAAAUAACUACAGACAUUUCAAGUUUGAACAAGUUCAGACAAAAUAGUGGGUAACUAAGCUAGCACCCAAGCUAGUAAAAGGACUUAGCGACGCAUCUGGACCAGUCUGGUAGUACGGUCCGGAACAAUGCAGGCCAUAAAGUGUGUCGUGGUUGGGGACGGAGCUGUGGGUAAGACAUGUCUGCUGAUCAGCUACACGACCAACGCCUUCCCUGGAGAGUACAUCCCCACAGUGUUUGACAACUACUCUGCCAAUGUGAUGGUGGAUGGAAAACCAGUCAACCUGGGCCUUUGGGAUACAGCAGGACAGGAGGACUACGACAGACUCCGCCCCCUCUCCUACCCACAGACGGAUGUGUUCCUUAUCUGUUUCUCCCUCGUGAGUCCUGCCUCAUUUGAAAACGUCCGUGCCAAGUGGUACCCAGAGGUCAGGCACCACUGUCCCAACACGCCCAUCAUCCUAGUGGGCACCAAGUUGGAUCUGAGGGAUGAUAAGGACACCAUCGAGAAGCUCAGGGAGAAGAAGCUCACCCCUAUCACCUACCCCCAGGGCCUGGCCAUGGCCAAAGAGAUCGGUAUGUGCGGUGAAGUACCUGGAGUGCUCGGCCCUGACCCAGCGCGGCCUGAAGACUGUGUUUGACGAGGCCAUCCGGGCGGUCCUCUGCCCCCCGCCUGUCAAGAAGAGGAGAAGGAAGUGCUCCCUGCUCUAGAACCCCGCAGACAGGAAGUGUCGGGAUGUGGGCACACGCCGGGCAGGGAGACAGACAACGCAGACACAAAAGCAUUUUACUUCGGAAUCUUUCCUUUUAUAUAUAAUAUAUUAGUCUCUACUAGUACAGCACUGGGACACACUGUUCCUUUGUUAAAAGAAACUGAAUAUACAGAUAGGUUUAGGAAUGGGUGACAUCACUGAAGUGUAAGAAAUUCCAGAGGCCUUCUAAAAAUGGAUUUAAACUUCUGUGAGAAGGAUGAUGAAAUGUUUUUGAUUUGUUGCUCUUACUCGUAGUCCAUAUUGUUUACAGUCUUGAGGUUGUUUUGGGUGGAGUGUGAAUUUGCCAAACUGCAUACUGCAGAUAUUAGAAGCUGUACAGCAGACAGACACUAAACUUGUUGCUAUUUCUUUAGGUUUACCUCUUUAACAGUACAGCUAAUAAUUUGGCAUGAUGCACUGCAGUUAACGGUUACAUGGUUAAGAUGGCAUUCUAUUUGUGGGGUGGCAUUCUUUAUAACAUGGAAAUCCAGAACUAGCCAAGUUAAUAGCAUCACCAAUUUUAUUUUCACCUCCAACUACUAAUUAAUGUACCAUACAUCUAAUUAGACUAGGACUGAGUUUUGGAAACACUGGUUUAGCCAACAGUGCUUUUUGUAGAUUGGAAAAAGCGUGAUCCUUCAGUAUUUAAUGGGAGAGCUGGCGUGCCUCGUUGCACGGUUGAACCUGUUAGUCAAAAAUGUUGUAUCCCCCACCCGCUCCUGCCGUGUCCUCCCUGUACUGUCUGAACCGAAUCGUUGCCUGAGAAAAACAAAGCUUGCGACUUUAUAUGAGAAGAUUGGAUGUGAGGACUGUUUUGGGUGUCGAUGUGAGAUAAAAGCACCUUUUAUAUUAGUCUUUGGGCAUUUAUCAGAAACUACUCAUGCAGUGAUUUCUUCUGUGUAUUUUUUUUGUGAAUAGCCCAUUUGAUUUACAGUAGCCACACCUACUUGGAAGGCGGAGCAAAGGAGAGAGCAUUUAAAUGACUGAGGAAUGUUGUAACGGUAACUAAGCUACAGUCAGUAAGGACAUAGUGUGUAUAUAUUCAUCUUUGGUUACCAUUUGAAUUCAAUUGGCUAUUUUGUAUUAAAAAAAUUCCACGGAAGUGAAUCACUCACUGUAUUUUUAAACAAACUAUGAACACUAUUGUUUACCAACUACAAAUAAACCUUUAAUUUUCCUACACAUCUAGCCUUUUGUAAUUAAUGCAGAUGGCAUGAAAUGUGCUACAUAUACUGAUACAUAUACAUUUAUUUUUUUCAUUUACAAAUUUGACCUACAAGAUAUGUAACUGUUAUUCAGGCAUCAAGCUGCGCUCCAACUGAGCCAAUGUUGUGGCCCUUUGGUUUUAUGGAUAAAGCAAUUUGUCACUUUGAGAAUCAUUAAAUUUGAAUUAAACAUA